AUGGAGAUGGUUCUUGGUGAUCAACUUGAGAUUCACUUGCUGCAGGGCUGUUGCUUGGAGGCAGAAAGGGCCGAUCUUGUUGCACUUCAGUUGCUAGGACUUCACAAUGCCCUACCCGAUGGCAACCAUGCUCAUCUCAUGAUGCUUAUUGAAGAGAUGAGAGCCUCUAGCCAAUUGCUUUUUGAACUACCCGAGCACUGCAAGGUCCAUUUCUCCCGUGUUCCCAUCGUGCUCGAUUAUCUUGAGAUUCUCCUUCCUUGCCUAUCGAAAUCACUGCGAGACAUCACUGCCUUUUACGAAGACCGGACCCAGACCAGAGAGAAUCGUUGGCGAAAGAUGUAUCAUUCCAUGACUGACGAAGCUGGGGGUCUUUCGCUCCCUCAACGCUUCAUUCUUUACAAUCGUUUCCUGACUCUGUUACGAGAGUUGUUGACAAGAUCGCUGAGUUUCGACUUCAAUACAAUGGAAACCACACGGGUACAGCUCAUGGAGCUUAGAGAAGCCCGGAACAUCCCUCCUCCCCCUAUCCGCCUCAACUCUACUUCUCAACUCGACUCUGUGCUAGAUGAUGACUCGAGCACCAUAGCGAACAUACAUUGGUCUGAAAAGAUCUUCUCUCUGCCACUGCCAUCUCGAACUGCACUCAAACAUCAGCAGCCGUCAAAGGCAUGGGGGCCACUACAACCUUGGGAUCAAAUCAAGAUGCCUAGCGAUGCGAAAAUUCUCUUUAUGCGAUCCUUCAACGAGCGCCAAAUAACUUUGGUGGUGUAUGAAACUGCACAGGAUCAAUGCCCCUACUUUCUCCUGCGGACGUUCCACAUGGGUACACCUUGGUUCUCGCUUCGUGGGGCGCAUGAGCUUGUCGUUGAGCGUAACGGAAGUUGUCUCCAGUUCUGGCAGUGGAGUGCGAACGACCAAUGCACCAAGAAAUGGGCCAGCCUUUGCUUCCUGACAUGGGAAGAAAUGGUGUUGGUGUACUGCUGCUUUCUGUCAUUCAAGACUCGUGACAACCUCACCCUUCGAAUGGCAAACGAAGACCUCAGUCUUUGGGGUGAGCGCAAGUUGUUUCAAGCCCGAAUUGUGGAUGACCAUUUUAUGCAUUCUCUUAUUGUCUAUGAGGACGUUGUCUCCAAGGGCCUUCGUCUUCACGCUGCAGUCUGGGAAGGGGACCUACGACAGUGUCCUGUCUGGACAGCAUUCAUCACGCAUCAGUCUACAUCGACGAGAUGGAUUAAGAGAGUGAGCAAAACCAGAGUUCGCUUAGCCGACAUUCAUCUCUAUGUCUUUUGUCAGGAAUAUCGACAACAGAACCAGCGAAUCAACCGUUCUGGAGCCUUUGAAAUAAAGUUUGUCAGUGAAGAGGCGGCCAAACGUUUCAGAGAUAUAUUUGCUCCCACGUUCACGGAUGAGAGCACGACGACCGAUACAACGGCCUGA